UAUGACUAUUUAUAUACCUAGAAGAGAUUACAUUCAAAAACAUGGUAAAUUAUAUGGACCAAUAAUCAGUAUCAUCAACUCGUGCAAUGCAACGGUGGAAACGGAAUCAGGGUAUUCUCAACUUUCCGAAAUAUUGCAUGAUAGCCAUGGGAAUGUGGAGAUUAAAUCUACCAACUCGAAAUCGUAUACUGACGAAGCUUUAUACCCUCUACUCGUGUUUGAUACAGAUUUAUUAUCCAGUAUUUUGGAUUUCGCUUUUCAUCAAGUUUGUCAUAGUAUUGUUAGAUAAAAAUUCAAACAAGAGCCUGGAGGAAUGGUUCAAAGAUCUUUCCUAUGUGGUCGGUUUGUUCAUCAUAGUAAUUGCCGCGCAAUUCUGGCAGAAACGAAAUGUCGUACGAAGUAUUUAUUACGUCAUUGAAGAGGAAAAAGUUUUGCUGGAAUGUCGAGAUGAAGAAUUGCUGAAGUGCCAUUUCGAAUUGGCACAAUUUAGUCGGUUAACGAACUACGUGUUGUUUUCGUUUGCGUUGUGUAUCGGGAUGUCGGUUAUGUCUGAAACUUUUUUGCGCAAAGCAAAAAUAGAGAAAUACAACCAAAGAUACAACGCAACUUUGGAAAAACCAUUCGCCUUCGAUUUAUUCUUCGUAAUCAAUUUUGACAAGGAAAAGUUUUGCAUUUUGUUACUGAUAGUCGACGGAGUGUCUUGCUUUUUGAGUGACCUUAUCGGAGUUUCUUCGAAAAUUAUGUUCAUUUCCUGCAUCAUUUUCGCUUGUUCAACGCUACAAAGGUUGCAGUUGAAGUUUAGGAAAAUGGCACGAUAUGGAACAGAUUUUUUGAUCACCUUGUAUCAUCUUAUUGAGGAACAUCAGAAAAUUAUUAGAUUUGUACACAACUUCAACCGCUCAAUGAAAUAUCUGAUUUUGGUGGAGUAUCUGCUAACUUCGCUGAAUAUAGCUGCAGUCUCUAUUCAGAUGAUAUUGUUUAACUCCACAAGAGCGUCUGCGACGUUUUUUCUUAGCUAUUUGUUUUCGCAAAUUUUCAUCCUCGGUUGGAGCGCAAAUGAAAUCAAAAUGCAGAGUUUGGCCAUAUCGGAUGCCAUAUACGACAGUCCCUGGUACUAUCAAAAUGGCAAUGCCAAGAAAGCGGUGUUGCUUAUAAUUAUGCGUGCCCAAAGGCCGCUUCAGUUGACCAUUGGUCCAUUUGACGCCAUGUCUACGGAAACUGCAGUUACGGUCGUGAAAGGCUCUUAUUCGUACGUAACACUGAUGUGGACUAAAUACGUUUAAUCGAAACACAUCCUUGUCUGGAUUAAGCGUAUCAAAAUUAGCGAAUUUGCUUGUUGUUUUCAAAAUUUCAAUUGAAAUAUAUUGAUAUUUGAUAUUUUUCUACUCCCGUCUCUAAAAUACUUAACUACGCACC